AUGGUUUCAUCUCAAGAUGAAGACGGAUCGAGUCAUGGCAAGAACACAAGUGUGUCGAUUGAGGAACUAAGUCAUGAUUACAUUAGUGAGCAAAUCGGGAAGGCUUUGGAGAAUUUUUCUCCAUUUAUCGUUAAAAAGUUAAACGAGACCCUUGAGGGCGCAAUGAGUGAUACUAUCGCCAUCAAGAUAAGGGAAGAAGUUGCCUCCACGGUACAAGAAGAAUUUGAUAAACGAUUCCCAAAAGAAAAAGUACCGGAAAAUCAAGACGCUAAGGAACGUCCGAAGCCUAAGAAUGAGAAGCCUUAUGAUCUUAAGAGCUUCACCAUUGCUAACCCACCCAAAUACAAUGGGGAUCCCGACCCAAUUGUGAGCACAAGAUGGGUAAACGAGGUUGAGGGAGCCUUCCGCAUCACAAAGACUCCACCGGAAGAUAAGACCUUGUAUGGGUCAAGCUUGUUAUGUGAUAGGGCUAAGUUGUGGUGGGAUGGUGAAAUUGUCAAGAAGGGUAAGGAGGCAACGGUAGGAUUGGAAUGGGCUGAUUUCAAAGUAGCCUUCUUUAAAGAGUUUCGAUCAGAAGCUGAUGUGACUAGGCUUAGGAACGAGUUCAUGAAUGACUCGCAAGAUGAUCGGCUGUUAAAGGAGCAUUUUUAUCGCAAACUUCGCAAAAACAUUCGAGAGAAGAUUACGUUACUUCAAAUCGAAUCAUUUACACAAUUGGUUGAUGUGGCUAGGUGGCAUGAGGUUGAACAAGGCAUGCCGGAUGAUGAGACCUCCAAGAGAAAGACGGAACAAAGUAACUCUCCAAACAAGAAGUUCCUGUCUAGUGGUCGUUUGGGGGGUGGUUCGAAUAGGAAAAACAUUCCCACUUGCAAUAAUUGUGGGAAACAUCAUUCCGGAGUUUGUUUAUUACCAUCAAAGAAAGGAUGUUUCAAUUGUGGCCAACCGGGUCACAUUAGCCGAGAUUGUAAGUUCUCUCCAAGCAAGCCUACCGUUUGUUUCAAAUGCUUCAACGAAGGACACAUGAAGAGUGCUUGCCCUUUGUUGACGGAGGAAGAAAGGCAAGCCGAAGCAAGAAAGGCUAAUGAAGGAAAGUUGGCGAAACAAGUAGGGAAUCCGAGGGGAAGAUCGUUCCAAAUCUCGGAAGCUCAAGCUAAAGAAUCCACCGAUGUCGUGUCAGGUACCUUUCUAGUUCAUGACACACCCGCUAAGAUUUUAUUUGAUUCCGGAGCAAAUCGUUCCUUUGUUGCUACUCGAUUCACUAAUUGCAUCCCUUUACAAUUGUCUUUUCUUGAACCCCCUUUGUUGGUGGAGGUAGCGGGUGAUCAAACCUACAUGAUUAAAAAUGUGUAUCUAGGUUGUAGUUUAACCAUUAAUUUCGAAAUUUUCAAAGCUAAUCUUAUUCCGAUGGGUUUGGGAGAAUUUGAUGUGAUUUUGGGUAUGGAUUGGCUUGGCCAACAUAAGGCAAAUAUUUGUUGUACCGAUAAAAGUGUUCACCUCAAAGCUCCUAACGAUAGGGAUAUGGUCAUUUACGGUGAAAGAAAUUUGUUGUAA